GAGAGAGAGAGAGAGAGAGAGAGAGAGAGAGAGAGGAUGUUUGACUGAACCCUGUAGGAUAAAGAACCUGGAGAUGAUUGACUAGCCAGUGAACAGUCUAUUGGGAUGGUGACGCGCUCUAGUCCUCGAUAGGAAACCGACGCCGAACGCCCGCUGCCCCCGGCUUCUGUAAAGCUUGAAAUCUGGAACAGAGUCGGCGUAGCUGCGUGUAAGAUUUUGAUCGAGUCAGCUGCGCUUCGUCACCACCUUAAGGUUUCCAAACAACACGACGAGUCAAGUAUUUGCCGCGUUAAAGGCAAUGGUGCACAGAGUUGAUCGGUAAACUUGAAGAUGGAUAGACCGACUAGGGUCUUGUCUUGCUUCCUCGCCGGUCUCUUAGCCAGCCUGCUCAUUUACAGGCUGCUGCUGCACCCCCUCAACAGGUUCCCCGGCCCCUUGGGCGCGCGCGUGAGCGACCUAUUUCUCUCGGCCCGGUUGGCUCGUCGGCACGACAUGCACCGACAGUCUCUGGGCCUCUACAACGAGUACGGGCCGUUUGUCCGCGUCGGCUCGUCCACGCUCAUGCUGAAUCACCCGCUCGCCGUCCAGGCCAUCCACGGUCCGGAGAGCGGCUGCUACAGGGCGUCCAUGUACGACUUUGAACAGCCUAACCGAGGCAUCGCAACAAGGGACGUCCGGCAGCACGCCGCACGCCGCCGCGUAUGGAGCCGCGGGUUUGGCGAUCGGGCGCUACGCGGGUACGAAGACCGCAUCGUCGUCUACGUCCGGCUUCUGCUUACACAUCUCUCGGCCCACCCUCAAGGGGUGCCCGUCGACGCGGCGCGGCUCACGGAGCACUUUGCCUUUGACGUGCUGGGCGAUCUGGCUCUUGGUCAGGACUUUGGCAUGCUCCGGAACGGCCAAAGCACGGCCGUGGAGCAACUGGUGCGCAGCAUGGAGAUCAUGGGCCUCCGGCUGCCGACGUGGCUGCUGCGGAUGAUGAUGGACGUCGCCCAGCCUCUCGUGACCACGGAGGCCUCGACGGGCUUCUUGGCCUUCUGCCACGAGAACCUGCGACGGCUCAUGGCCGACGAGGCACGGCUUGAGCGACCGGGCCUUAUGGCUCCCCUGCUAGCCCACCACGAGAAGCUCUCCCCCGGCGAGCGCGACAUGUCCGUCCUGCAAAACGACUGCCGCUUUGCUAUUAUUGCAGGCAGUGACACGGUGGCAGCGACGCUUGCUUUUGUCCUUUUCCACAUCGCCAGACACCCCGAGCAUACGCAAAAACUACGUGACGAGCUGGCCCGUCUGCGGGACGACUGCCGUGACGACGAUGGCAUUAUAGCCCAUAAGAGACUCGUGAACGCCGAGCACUUGAACGCCGUUAUCAACGAGACGCUGCGCCUGCACCCGCCCGCGUCGACCAUCUUACGCGUCACGCCCCCCGAGGGCAUCGUGGUGGCCGGCACCUUUGUGCCUGGCGACAUGACGGUGUUUUCUUCGCAGUACGUUAUCGGGCGAUCCGAGGCCGUGUACGAGAAGGCCGCCGAGUUCGUGCCGGAGCGAUGGUAUUCGCGCCCCGAGAUGAUCAAGGAGCCUGCCGGCUACGCUCCCUUUUCAACAGGACAUCACGGCUGUCUCGGACGCCCUCUGGCUCUUAUGGAGAUGCGUCUGCUUGUCGCCGCUUGCGUGUCGAGGUAUAAUGUGACUUUUGCUCCGGGUUUUGAUGGCGAUGCUUUCAUGGACAACGUGAAGGACUGCAUGUCCUGGCACAUGGGAAAGUUGGAGCUAUGCUUCACGGAAUGGGGAACUGAAUCGUAGGAGCAUCUAUCGCAAGGCUGAAACGUGACAGUAGACAAUCAAAAGAAUUCUCUUAAUGCGUCAAAUCGUCGUUAUGUCGGAUAUAUAGAAUAUACUUCCGCUGCAUCUGAACAUGUCAUGUGGCAAUAAAUGAAG